CACCGCGCCGAACUGUCGCUGGCUCAGGACGCUCUAUCACGUCUUUUUCUGUGCGCAGGCCGGCCUAGCGCACCCGUCUUUUCCCCUGCUCUCAGACAAAAUCACAUACACCUACGCUUUCCGUACGCCCUCUUGAGCGUCUCCUUCACAUGAUUGUCUUCACCCAUCAUGCCUUCAGAGAAUUUUGAUUCUCCCGUGCCUGACGCCUCGCCUGCACCAGCCACUCGCGGUCGCGGCAGGGGACGUGGGCGCGGUCGAGGGCGUGGCAACGGCAGGGGCGCUUCCAACAACGCUGCCGCGUCCAAGUACACUUCAAAUCGAGGUGGUCGAGGAGGUGCUCGUCGCGGAAGGGCAAAGACCUUUUCGGAGCCUCGUGUGCAAGUGUCUUAUGAGCGCACACGCGACCUCAAAACGACGUACAACACCGUGGCGUCCGUCUUAAAGCCCAUCUUGCAGGAACUUGCUGAGCGCGGCAUUGAUCUACUCACAAGCAAUCCCAAUGCUUACAAAAAGUUCCCCGAGUACAAUGAGGUGAUGCAAGGGUUGCGAGAGCGCCUCGCCUUUCGCAACCGCUGCACUGAGAAGCGUCUUGAGUGGGAUCUGAAGCUGGCCAAGCAGACGCGGGAGGCGGAAGAAAAGAUCAUCCACCAACAGUUCGAGAAGCAGGCUGAAGACUUGCUCGAACAAUAUCUCGAUGGCCAGGCGAACCGCCUCCGUAUUCUGAGAGCGCUUCACGCCAAAGACCUCCCGGUUGACAUCCGCGACGACCAGUAUGAGUAUAAAGCCAUCACAGAUGAGUAUCUUGAUGAGGAAUUUGGCCCAUGGGAAGAAUAUCUCGACGGUCGCCUUGUGCCUUACCCGGCUGGCGUUGUAGGCACAAAGUCUUGGCAACGCUCGCAGGAGCAGAAGAAUGUCGAGGCGGCCCCAGCCCCAUCCCACGCCUCUCUACUGGCUACUAACAAUGUCACCUCCGCGCCUACCUCUGCGCCUACACCUCCUCCGGGCGCAAGGGGUCGCGGUCGAGGUCGUGGUGCUGGCGCUGGUGUUGCUGCUGGUACCAAGCGCAAGCCGCAGGGCGAGCCAGACGGCCAACCAACACCCAAACGGUCGACCAGGAACACCACUGACGAUUUGCAAACCUCGCAAGCACAUAUCCCCGCCAAGGGGCUGCUAGCUUCCGCUGCCUCUGUUGACAUUGACCCGGAGGGAACCCCAAUGGAGGAGGAUUCGCCACGCGCUACACCUGAGCCAGGCAGUUUCUUCUCUAACCCGCAGGCCAAGAACACCGACAGACUACCGGCUCGCGCGAGGAGCCCAACAUUACCCAAAGCGACUGGCGAGCCAGACGAAUAUGGCAUCAGAGUAUACAACCAAAAGGCAUCCUAUAGGGACAAGAUCCUUAAUAGUCGCAUCUUCGUGCCCCGGCCGUUCGAGUUCCAGGAUCACGAGAUUGGCUUUCGUGACAGUUCAAAUGACUCAACCAAGGGUCACACUGUCGCAAAGCGUGGCAAAUAUCUGAACACGCCCAACAGCAACGGCUUACACAUUGACUUUUGGUGCAACGGCUACGAUUACUCGCAGUUGACCCCCGCGGAUUUCGACCAGGACCUGGUCAAGAAGUAUGGGGUGCACCCGCUGUACGGCAUCCCGCUCCCGCAAAAGGGCAACGAAGACAAGAAAUUGCCUCGCAACGAGCAAGAGGCUCAAAAACCAUAUGUAAUGCCUGGGAAGCCAAUCGUCUUCCUGGCCAACCCCUCGGGCAGGGAGUCCCACGCUUCGCGGGCGUACCAGUCGACAGUCAACACGCGGCGCAUCCAAGACGGUCCGUGGCGCCGAAAAAUGGCCGCCAGCUUGCGCCGUUUCUGCCACUUGGAGGAGGUCGACGAGGAGGAGAUCUCUGUCGCAGAGUACCUGCCCACAGACGCCGAGUACAAGAAACGCUCGUUGGGCACCGCCCAGCGUGACCUCUCGGCUCGACCUACCCCUGCUGACCUUCGCCAACCCAAGGACGAGGUGGAAGACGAGCAGAAGGCUAGCGUGCUUAGUGAGCGCUUCGCCCAAGAGCGACCAGAUCUCAGCAUCUUCAUCGAUGCGGCCAGCCACAUUGCGGCCGACGAAGAGCAGAAAGCCUCCGCUGCGAGACAGCCAGCCAAGGCCAGAAAAUACGACGCCAUCCGCAACAUCUUCGUAUCUGGCAAGGCAGAUGAGAGCUCGGCGGCACCCCCGGCGCCCAGUUCCUCUGGCAGUCACGACAACGCACGGCUGAACGAGACGGCACAGAUCAUGCUAGAGAUGGCAGGGCUGGCGAGCCAGAAGGCUGCGGCGUCUUCAAGCAUGGGCCCCCCUGCAGAUCGUACAGCUGUGACUCCAGCCUCGAACUCGACCUCAAUGGCUUCUGGGCGCACGCCCGUUAUGGAAAGCCAGAAGCCUGUGGCCCCUGAGCGUGGAGCCAGCUACUUGCCGCCCUCCAACAUUCGCGGCUACGGAGAACCAUCCCAGAGUAAACCUCCUGCGCCUGUUGAGCGCGAGUCCAUCUUCCUGCCGUACGCCUCAAGCCGCAAUUACAUGGACUCGAGAACAAGUUCAGAGUCGCGAAAGCCUACCGAGCAAAGCCCAGUGCAGCCGCGGUAUCACACUCCACGACUACACUCGGAGCAACCUGCUUCCAACUCACCAUUUACCCAACCUCCCCGCCAGGCUCACCAACGCUCUCCCUACCAAAGCGAGCUACAGGACUAUCCCUCACGGGGCUCAUACGAACGCUCCCAGCCUUAUUCUGCCCAGCCCAAUGCAGGUGCGACGCAAGAAUACCGACCGAUGCAUCCGUAUGGGCAAAUGGCGGAGAGUGCAAACUAUUCAGCUCGUUCGAGCGGUUCCUAUCAAUACAAGCUUCCUGGCGAGUCGAGGGAGCCACCUUCUUCCCGUCCAUUUGAUCACAUAUUCGGAGACCGUCGUGCGAGCGCCUUCGGAUCCGACCAUCCAGCAUAUCAACGUCCUUACUGGGCCCAGCAACCUCCUCCUGGACCUGGUGGCCCUGGUCCCGUAUCUGGAUCAGCCUUACCACCACACCCUCCUCCACCAUCCUCUGCCGCUGCGCCGCCUGCACAAAGCCAGACACCUACCCCUGGCGGCGGACAGCCUUUUUCUGCCCCUCCUCCGCCUUCGUCCAGGGUUCCAUUCUCUCACCAAGCGAGCGCAGAACCGCUGCCACCAUUGAGGCCGCCCCGUGGUCGCAACCAGUCUGCGGGCGAGGAGAGCCUGAUGGAGGGCUCACUACGACCGUCUCCCCAGAGCAUCUUUAGCAGCUUCAGCAACUACGGGCAGCCAGAACGGCAUCGGUCGGUGGCAAGCGGCUACGGCGCACCAGCUCAUGACUCUCACCACGCGUACCCAGCGAGGCCAACCGAGCGUACAAUGUCAGGGCAGCCACUCCUGUCGAGCAUGAUGGGCUCCCCCUCCCAGGGCUAUGCACGUCCGAGCGGCUCACCGGUGUUCAGCAGCGACAUGCCAAUGAACGGGUCGCAGAUGGGCCACAACCCGCACGAGCAAACCGCGCGAGACGGUAUCUUCCGUCAUCGAUCCACGUCCUCGGGAGGACCGCCCCCCAAUUUUGGUGGCAAUCCGACGCUCGAUCCGAAAUAUCGCAAGCUGCAGCCCGCCCCGUUGCCGCCGCAUCGUAGCUGGCCCAGCAAGCCGGAGCUCAAGACGAUACCAUACGACCACAAGGAUUCGUCUGGUGGCUCGGCUCCCGCCCUGCCUAGCUCGGGCCCCACGCAAAUCCGGGGCUGGAACGUCAACCAGCACCGUCGUCGAGUGCGGGGGGACAACAAGGGGGAUCCCAAGGAUGCAGGCAUGCCCGAGAGGGAAGACUCCCGCUAGAGGAAGGGCGGUUCCUCCACUCGAGGCAAGAAAGAAGCCAAGACCGAAGCGCCUCGACAGCUCAAUCCUCAGAACCGGGAGGUUAUUGUCAUCAACAGCUCCCCUGAGGUGGACGUUCAGCCAAGGCACGAUACUAUACGAAGCGAGGCUGGGGACGAGGAGAUCGUCAAGGGUGCAGUCUAUA